CUGUUUGAAACACGAUCAGGAUAUUCGGAUAUUAUGCGCCGAAGGUGUCCCACCUUUCCCCAUCUUACUAUACAUAAAGCAGAACAACAGUAGUGAAACGCUGUCCCGCUAUACAAGGAUAGCCUUUUACGUAUGCUAGUAUAGAAUGUGGUUAGGGUUGGUAGGUUAGGUAAUGGUCCAUAACCAAAUUUCCCCCAAAUAAAGCGUUCACAUUGAAUAUUGUGUUGGUUAUGCGUUCAAGGAACUUGUUUCGUGACGCAUCAGUAAACAUUCAAACGAGCGUUUAUCACGUCAUAAACGAUUAAACAAUGCUAUUGUUUUCCCUUCAGUGGGAUAUUGUGAUGUAAUACGUGGCUGAUUGUUACGUGAUAUACGUUGUCUGUGGUGAUUCAAAGUUUACUUUUACCAGAAUCUCGAAAAUUGCACACUAAACGCCGUAAUGGCUGCUUGUAGCAAAAUAUCGAACUAUUUACAAAGAAACGGACCGCAAAUUGGUCCAUCACGUGAUCUGGAACAAAUAAAUGACGUCAGUGGAGUGGUUGUCGAAUCCGAUUACUUUACAAUUAGAAAACAUGAAAAUGACGUGAUGAAGCAUAUAACGAAGAGAUCAAAAUGCGGGGAAGUUCUUAAAAUAGAUUCUGUGGUUGAAAGAAUAAAGUCAAAACUACCACGAGCCGCGGAUUAUAUUUUCGCGAGGGGGGAUCUCCCCGGUAUUAUUAGCUUCGUAUUGCGUCACAAAGAUUCAAUGAUUAUGUGGGAUGACGUUAUUAUUAUGACGCGCGAUUGGCAGGCGCCCACACACACAGAGUUACAGAAAAUUAAAGCUCUGCAUAGAACAUUAGAUAUGGCGGCUAUGGAAGCAUCACUCGAUGCUCUGGCGGAAGAUCUUCACAUAACUGAAGAGAUAUGUUUAGCGUCACUCAGCGACAAAGAUAAACUGCUCAAGUUCCUUCAAAAGCAUGGAAUGUUUUUUGAACUUCAACAUCUGAUUCACAGAGAAAAAAUUGUGAUGGGAAAUGAUUGGAACAAAACCGAACUAGAUUCUUUGAUCAUUAAACCAAGCAAGGUUUGUACCACUUUCACGGGAGAUAUAAAUCACAUCAAUAAAGAGUUGGCGAGGCAAUAUAUAUUUCACUUGUUACGAGGCGGUUCUCUCACGUUCACACAAAUUAAACGCGAGUUGGACAAUUCGUCCGCGCAAUUAUGGAGCGCGAUGGCUUCGAAAAAUAAGCAAAGCGUCAAAACGUUUAUUCAAGAACAUUGUGCCGGCAUAAUACAGUGUGAGGAGAACAGCGCGAAAAUUCUAGAGAAGAAAGAAUGGUUAUUGUUGUGUCAACAAUUGAAGACUUCCGAUAGUGGGGAAUCCCCGGCAGAUGACAACACUGAAUCGCGAUAUAUCGGGAGAUAUGCUGGCUUGGAUGACGGUUAUCGUGGCCCGGGGAAAGUUAACGCCAAACCUACAUUACCAACAUAUAAUGCAGAACAACCAGACAAUGAUGAUGAAGGAUUUGAAAUUGUAAAAAAACGUAAAAGGGCUCCACCAGUAAAAGAAUUAAGGGUAAACGCCUCUAGUUCACAAAAGAAGCAACAAAACCAUGUGAUACAGAAUGGUAAACGUGCUGGCCAACCCGGCAGUAAAUCUAAAGCAACCAACAAGGUCAAUGGCAAAGUUACUUUAUCAAACAACCAACAACAAAAUGUAUCAAGUUUAAAACCCAGCCAACGCAACACAAACCCACAAGUUCCCAUGCAAAAUAGCCAGCCUACAUCUCAAACCAGUUCUCUCCCACAGAGUACAAACAAAGUAAAUAGGCAAACUUCCCCAAAUGGUAUUCACCAAAAGGGUGCUCCCCUAAAGACAACCCAGAAAGAACCAUCCAAACCUGCAAGCAUUGAAAUCCCAGGGAAAGUCCCUUCUUCGAAAACAAAACAGCGAAACAGAUCUAAGAGCAGGGGUUCAACAACAAGUAUACAAAGUGUUAAAGUAUCAACCCCACCUACUGAGCCUAUGCAAGCAACAGGGGAGAGGGCCAGUGUAGUUGAACAAAAGCAUGUAGGAACCACUAAUGCAAGUGUUGACAUGGUUAUUGGCAAUGGAGCCACUAAGAAGAAGCUUGUUAAUAAGAUGUUGACAUCUAAUGAUAAACCACCACUCUCAAACCAACAGACCAAUUCAUUGCAGUUGGUUGCAAAUACACAGAAUCCACCAUGUAAAGAAAACACACAGCGUGUUCGAACAAAGCAAAACAUUCGAACAAAACAAAAUAAUUCUAAACCUAGUCCAAGGAACAAAAAAAAGAAAAGUUCUCCACCGAACACAGAAAGUUCUUCCAGCACUUCAAGCCGAAGCUCUACCCCACGUAAAAAAUCUCCAAGCAAUCAAAGAUUGGAUUUGAUUUCAGAUCUUCUUGAUGAUAAAGAAAACGUCAACAUAAACAUCUUAUAUCUACGCUUUCUCAAAGAAAAGGGCCGUGGCGCCAGAAAUGUAAACGAAUUUAAACGUUUAGUUUUAUCUCGCCCUGAUGUUUUGUACGAAGAGUUUAGUGGUAAAGUUUCAAAGAAACCUAAAGCAGAAGAGAAGGUGGAUAAACCAAAGAAACAAGAAGAAGGGAAAAAAACUAGCAAAGCAAAACGAAGCCGAACAAGGAAAAGGAAGUCUUCCACCCCAACCCCAACCAAGACACCCACCCCCUCACCCACUGCCCAUGAAGAGGAAAAGGCUAUAGAAGCUGUUUGCCCAAAGCAGAAGAACCAUGAACCAAUGAAGGAUGACUCUGCCACACAACAUACACCACCAUGUGAUGAUGCAUAUAGAAACAACAUGAUACCAAACCAACAACGUGCAUUACUACCAAAUGGGGGAGCGGGAGAUGCACCACAACCACAAGAACAAAGCCUUUUCGCAAACAAUCUAGAAACCGCUAACCCAUUCUUUUACACCCCACAUUCAUUUAACCCCUUCAUGCAAGUCCAUCAACCACUUAAUCCAUUGCUACUGCAAGACAGAUUUCCUUCUGCCCCCCCACCCCAACAAACUUUUCGCCCCCUACCCCAACAACAUUUAUUACAACCCCCACGCCAAAUGUAUUUUCCAUCUGGGGAACCACCACCACAGAUACCAAACCCAUACCUUUAUAGAAAUAACAUAAACCCUCGAACCCCCGGCCCAAUACGUAAACCUCCACCCCGUUAAAACUAUUUCCCAUUAUUUUCUAGAACAUAAGUAAUGUUUGUACUAGUUUUGCUUUUUAAUUGUGUUUAUAUGUAUUUAAUUAAUAGGCCUAUGGUGUAUUUUAGUAUGCAAGCUGUUUAGACAUUUUGUUGUAGAUUUAUUUUAGCAUAAAAAUGUUUUGUUUUAAAAAUUAAAAGGUUGGGAAAAAUA